AUGGUUAAUCUAUAUUGUGCGAGUGAACAAAUUGGUUUGGAAAAGAUAAGUACAAACAGUAGGUUACAAGCUUUGUGUAAGGAACCUUUAAGAGGAGAUAGAUUACUGGUUAUUUAUGCUUUGGCUUAUGAUGACGAGGUUGUGCUUAGGAAUGUUUGUGACACUGUUGAUAAAGGGAACGAGACAGAUGCUAGUGAAGAAAGUGAUGACAACAAUAAAAAUCGGAGUGACUUUGAUUCGGAAGAGGAUGAGAGAGAUUAUGAUGACAACGAGUUGGAGAUAGAGACAGUCAUUAUAUUGAUGAAGAGGGUGUUGAAGCCCACCAAGUAG